GUGGGAGGAGUAGUGCCACGUCAUUGGUCUCAGUGGGAGGAAUAGUGUCCCAUCAUUGGUAUCAGUGGGAGGAGUAGUGCCACAUCAUUGGUGUCAGUGGGAGGAAUAGUGUCCCAUCACUGAUGUCAAUGGGAGGAAUAGUGCCCCAUUAUUGGUAUCAGUGUGGGGGGAGGAAUAGUGCCCCAUCGUUGGUGUCAGUGGGGGGAGGAAUAGUGCCCCAUCGUUGGUGUCAGUGGGGGGAGGAAUAGUGCCCCAU